UCGAUUUGUUUAUUCGGCGUGGAGUUGACAUCUCGAUUGCACGUGUGUUUAGUGUUUAGGCUGUCGUCCUCGAACAAGAUUUAAAAUGGGUCGUAAAGCCAAUUUUGCAGAGAAACAGAAAAAAGGACCGGGACGUAAGACUAAAAAGCAGAAGCCGCCAUCAUUUCCAGCACAUAUUGCCGGUGGGCCUGAAUCCGAAACAAAACUUUCCCAUCGUCAAAAACAAAGGCUGCUUAAACGUAAGGAAAAACAGCAAAAGCUUGUUUCAAAGAAGAAAGUAAAACAAAAUGAGAUUCCCCCAAGUGACGACGAGGUAUCAGCGGAUAAUAUGUCCGAUGACCACGACCAAUCGGACGACGCAAGUUCGACUGAAGACAACCAGGCUCCAAAUAAACUUUUCGAUAUGUCUGACGAAGAAUCAGAGGAUGAAAUGCUGGAAGUUGAGAAAGCAAAUAUUGAGUUGAAAAAGAAACAGAAAAGAGAGACUGAGGAAGACGAAGAAGCAGAGGAAGAUGACGAAGAAGACGGCGGCGAAGAUAAUCGGGAAGCACUGCAGAUUUCAUUUCAAGACAAUGAUAAGGAGCUAACAUUACAGGAUGUUCAACAACGGAUAAAAGACAUUCUUCUUGUUUUGAAUGAUUUUAAGCGACUACGACAGGAGAAUAUAAGUCGAGCAGAAUACGUUGCACAAUUGCGGAAGGAUUUAUGCCUGUAUUAUAGCUACGACGAGUUUUUGAUGUCGAAAUUGAUGGAUAUUUUUUCAUUGAGUGAAUUAAUGGAAUUUUUGGAAGCUUCAGAGGUACAACGUCCUGUCACGAUCAGAACCAACACCUUAAAAGUUCGCCGGCGAGACUUGGCUUCAGCAUUAAUCAAUCGUGGUGUUAACUUAGAUCCACUCGGAAAGUGGACAAAAGUUGGUUUAGUUGUCUACAGCUCUCAAGUACCUUUGGGGGCGACUCCAGAAUAUCUAGCUGGCCAUUACAUGAUUCAAGGAGCGUCAAGUUUGUUGCCUGUUAUUGCAUUGGCACCACAAGAACAUGAACGGAUACUCGAUAUGUGCGCAGCCCCAGGAGGGAAGAGCAGUCACAUUGCAGCCCUGAUGAAAAACACAGGCACAUUAUUCUCGAAUGAUGUCAAUAGAGACCGAUUGAAGGCUGUGGUAGCCAACUUUCACAGACUGGGAGUUAAUAAUGCCAUUGUAAGUUGCGAGAAAGGAGAGAAAUUAAAGUCUAUCAUAUCUGGAUUCGAUAGAGUACUACUUGACGGACCCUGCACUGGCACUGGUGUAAUUUCAAAGGAUCCAACUGUAAAAACUUCAAAAUCUGACGUCGAUAUUCAACGUUGUUAUAAUUUGCAACGAAAGCUUAUUCUAACCGCCAUCGAUUGCUUAGACGCAAAUUCCACCACAGGUGGUUACUUAGUUUAUUCAACAUGUUCAGUUCUUCCCGAAGAAAAUGAAUGGGUAAUUGAUUAUGCAUUGAAAAAGCGGAAUGUGAAACUAGUACCGACAGGGUUAGAUUUCGGCGAAGAAGGUUUCAUCAAAUACAAACAACUUCGUUUCCAUCCAAGCUUGAAACUGACACGAAGGUUUUAUCCACAUACCCACAAUAUGGAUGGUUUCUUUGUGGCGAAAUUAAAAAAGUUUUCAAAUGCCAUUCCUGUUGGUGUUGAUGAUGAAGAAGAGGAAGAACAGGAGCCUGAAGUUCAGGAAACAAACAGUAUCAAUGAAACUUCAAAGAAAAAGAAAAGGGCGAAUCAUGACUCAAGCAAUGAAGUCCAGAAAAAGAAAUUUAAGAAAAAUGAGGAAAUAAAUGGUGAAAUCAUUAAGAAAGUCAAAAAAGACGUCGGCGCGAAUACUAAACCCAGUCAACAGAAACUUGUUGCAUCCGAUAGCACAACAAAUGGUGUGUUGAAAAAGAAAGUCAUGAAAAAUAAAGAUGUGACAAAAAAGCUGAAACAAAAGAAUAUAAAGGCGGUAGGAAGUGAAACAAAUGAAGUGAAAAAGAAGAAACAGAUAAAGAAAAAUAACGAUGGAGGUAUAGAAGGAAACAAAACGACUGGAAAGAGUGCGGAUGCAAACAGUAAAAUAAAUCAAAAGAAAUUGAAGAAAAACGGAGAUGCACGCAGCAAUGUGAACAAAAAGAAGUUAAAGAUGAAGAAAGGUCCUUUGUUGAAGAAAGUGUAAGGUUUUAGUAUAAAAUGAUAUAUAAAGUAUAUAUUACAAUAUUUGUACUUGAAGGAAAUAAUAAAUGUAAUGUUUGUUGUUUUAAA